CCUCUUUCUCACCGCACUCUGUCCGGAUCAGCGAUGGCAAGGAGGAGAAUGAGCAAUAUGGCUAUGGCUGCCUUCAGUGGUAUCACGCUCCUCUGUGGGAUCGUGGUGCUGGGAACCGGGAUCUGGCUCUCCACCAAGCACAGCACCGAUUGCGUCCGCUUCCUCGAGUGGCCGAUCAUCGUCCUGGGCGUCGCCAUCACUCUAAUCUCUCUGGCGGGGAUUGCCGGCGCGCUGACGAUGAACGGUGCGCUGCUCGCAUUCUACACAAUCUUCAUGCUCAUGGCGAUCCUCACGCUCAUGGCAUUCGUCCUCUUCGCGUUCGUGGUGACCUCGGGCCAGAACGGGCAUGGAUUGGUGGGCAAAGUCUACAAGGAAUUCGAGUUCAAUGACUACUCCGACUGGCUCCGGAAUCGCGUCGAGGAUCGCAGGAGCUGGAGCCUCAUCACCCUCUGCCUCCGCGACGCCAAGACCUGCGACGACAUGGCGGAGAGUUACAACACCCUGGACAAGUUCAACAUGGCGGACCUCUCAGCGGUCGAGUCUGGAUGCUGCAAGCCUCCCUUCGCUUGCAAUUACCAGUGGAGGAACGCCACCAACUGGUUCCACCCCCUCACCCCGGAUGCCAAUCCCGAUUGCCGGCGCUGGAACAACGACGAUCUCUGCUUCAACUGCGAUUCGUGCAAGGCGGGGCUGCUCCAGCAAGUGAAGAGCCGCUGGAGGACCGUGGCGAUCAUCGACGUGGUGGUGCUGGCGAUCCUGAUCCUCGCGUACGCCCUCGCGCUGAGCGCGUUCCGGGGCGCCAAAGCAAGGUAGUGACGAUCGUCUCCCUCGUUUUGCAUUGUUUGUGCGGUGUGGAUAUUUGUUUUCCAAGUGUGCAAGGAAGAAUAUUCUAAGGGAUAAGUUCGAA